UGGGGCCUUGUCGUCAUGCACCACCGCAAUGGCCAUUACCCGAGUCUGGAAGCAUCGCUAGCAUUUCGAUCCUCUCCCUCGCCUUCAAAACCUCCGGGGAACACUCCAACCAUCGCAGUCGUCAUUCAAGUGAAUUCCAUUCUCGUAUUGCACCGAACAAGAACUUUUCUGUUGACCAGUGAUCUUGAAUCUUUCGUAAAUUUUAGCUGUAGUCGGAUUUACGUUUUCGCAAUGGCGGAAUUCCGACCCGCACAAGAGCAGUCGCAGCACCCUGGAGAGGAGCAUUUGAUGGAUCCUGUGCCUCGUCACCACGGAACCAACUACAAGGCUGCUGGCAAGUUGAAGGGAAAGAUAGCUCUAGUGACAGGCGGUGACUCCGGCAUAGGUCGUGCCGUGGGCGUGCUCUUCACACGAGAAGGUGCCACAGUGGCCUUCACAUAUGUGAAAGGAGCGGAAGAAAAAGAUGCGGUAGACACGAUUAAUUUGCUGAAGCAGUACAAGGCAGAAGGUGGUGGCGAAGGAGAACCUCUUGCAAUUCCCUGCGAUCUAGGAUUCGACGAGCAGUGCAAGAAGGUUGUAGACAAAGUCGUUGAGAAGUAUGGCCGAAUCGACAUCCUGGUCAACAAUGCGGCAGAGCAGCACGUCGUGGAGAACAUUGAGGAUCUCCAGCCUGAGCAGCUGGAGCGGACGUUCCGCACCAACAUCUUCUCCCAGUUUUACCUCGUAAGACAUGCCUUGAAGCAUAUGAAAGAGGGUAGCUGUAUUAUUAAUACGACUUCCGUUAAUGCAUUCAAGGGCAACACCACACUUCUAGACUACACUUCCACAAAGGGCGCCAUUCUUGCCUUCACUCGGGGACUGGCUCUUCAGCUUGUCAAGCGCGGAAUUCGAGUAAAUGCGGUAGCGCCAGGCCCAAUUUGGACGCCGCUCAUUCCAGCAUCAAUGGGUCAAGGAUCGCCUGAGAAGAUGAAAUCCUUCGGUUCGCAAUGCCCAAUGGGCCGUGCUGGUGAGCCAGAGGAAAUCGCAACGGCGUAUGUUUUCCUUGCUUCAGAGGAUUCCUCUUACUUCACUGGCCAAACCCUGCACCCGAACGGUGGAAUAGUUGUGAACGCAUAAGCACCAACGAAAAAUUGCAUCACUUAGUGGGAAUUACGAAUUUGUUCGGUAAACAGAGUUAUGAACGUGCUAUCAAUUGCCGGCAUAAUUAGAGCUGCAGCAUGAGCUGAAAAUGCUGUGUAUUUGUGUAAACCUGUAAAUGGGUAUAUCAAAGGUUCAUCAUGAUGAGAUCUGAGUUCAAUUUGCA